UUCUGUGUGACGUAGCGCGCUAUGAUUGGCUUCUCCUGCAUUGCUGGACAUCGCGCUGGCCCUUUAAAACCGCUCCGAGUCUGUUCCCACAGUGGAGUUGAGUCCAGAGUCAUUCAGCAGGUCCUUGUGGAGGAUAUCACCUCAAAAACUGCAAACAUGGUUGAGAAGUUUGUUGGGACGUGGAAGAUGGUUAACAGCGAGAACUUUGACGACUACAUGAAAGCAAUUGGUGUAGGAUUUGCGACCCGGCAGGUGGGGAACAGGACCAAACCCAAUCUGAUAGUGACUGUGGAGGAUGAUGGGAAGGUUUGCAUGAAGUCUCAGAGCACCUUCAAAACCACUGAAAUCAAGUUUAAACUCAACGAGCCCUUUGAGGAGACGACUGCUGACGAUAGGAAGACGAGGACCGUGGUGACUCUGGAGAAUGGGAAGCUAGUGCAGAAACAGAGCUGGGAUGGCAAAGAGACAAAUAUUGAGAGGGAGAUCACAGAUGGGAAAUUGAUAGCGAAAUGCAUAAUGGGAGAAGUGGUGGCAGUGAGGACAUAUGUAAAGGAGGCGUGAUGUCGUCCUUUCAGCCCUCUCCUUGGAUGCAUUGCUGGAUGACAGGCUCAGUUCAAUGAGCAUAUAAUACCAAGCUAUAAAGUCAUGGCGUGUUCUGCUCUAUUUCUUUACUCACCUUCACUGUGUUGCCAAAAUUUGAAAUUUCUGUGCCUUUGUUCUCCAACAUGAUACAUUUGGGUUCAUUUGGAAUUGUUGUGAUUGAUUUGAAUAAAACUGAGAUUUGUCAAA